AAAGAAGCAGGUUCAACCAGAGCUCCUCCUUGAACUGGUUUUGUCCAAACUUCCACACUUGAACCUCCUCUUGCUAAAAUAAUCAGUUUGACAGAUACAAACAAAAAUCAAUAAAUAGAUUCAUAAUAAUAAAUUACAAAUGAAAAACAUUAUUCCGCAACUGGGGGCAUAGAAAGGAUUCCAAUUGGUUGUCGUUAGUUUUCUGAUAAUUUAAGUGCUACCAGUGGAACUGGUUGAAGAAGCCUGCUGAUGUAACUGGUCGAGAAUGUCCCCACUGGACUAACAGCGUGACAAGGAGUUACCUGAAACUAGGUGGGUGUCUCCUGUUCCUAUACGCCGCGCCCCUGCGCGCACAGACGGCAUCAAUCAGGAAGACGGAGGCUCCGCCAGAGCAGUUCAUGAACUUCUCCCGGCGGGCCUACCUAGUCUCUCUUCUUUUUUGCAGUUGUUUGGACGGAAACACACAGUCGACAUGCUCAUUAAAGAAUUCCGAGUCGUCCUGCCCGUAUCGGUGGAGGAGUACCAAGUGGGCCAGCUGUACACGGUGGCAGAGGCCAGUAAGAAUGAGACCGGGGGAGGAGAAGGAGUGGAGGUGCUGGUGAAUGAGCCGUAUACGAAGGAUCAAGAGACGGGCCAGUACACCCACAAGGUGUACCACCUGCAGAGCAAAGUACCAAACAUUAUCCGCAUGAUCGCUCCAAAAGGUUCCUUGGAGGUGCACGAGAAGGCCUGGAACGCUUAUCCUUACUGUCGAACCAUGAUUACAGAACACCUACAUGAAAGAGAAGUUCAUGAUUAAGAUUGAAACGUGGCACAAGCCCGACAUGGGGGAUCAGGACAACGUGCACGGUCUGGAGGAAAGCACAUGGAAAGGAGUGGAAGUUAUUGAUAUUGACAUUGCCGACAACAGUGUCAUCAGUCAAAAGGACUACAAAGCAGAGCAGGACCCUGCCAUCUUUAAGACGAAGAAGACGGGCAGAGGGCCUCUGGGACCUGACUGGAAGAAAGAACUUUCUAACAACCCCAACUGCCCACACAUGUGUGCCUAUAAACUUGUAACUGUUGAAUUCAAGUGGCUGGGACUACAGAAUAAGAUGGAGAACUUCAUUCAGAAGGUGGAGAAGCGCUUGUUUACCCACUUCCACAGGCAACUGUUCUGCAGUAUUGACAAAUGGAUAGAUCUGACGAUGGACGACAUACGGCGUAUGGAGGAGGAGACGAAGAAGGAGCUGGAUGAGAUGAGGCAAAAAGAUGAAAUAAAAGGGAUGUCAGUUGAUGAGUGAUGGGAAGUAACUUGUCUCUUUUAAACUGGUGCAUUUCAUCCAGCAAGCUGUCACUCCACUUGUUGGACUUUAGGGAACUACAACUUCUUCCUCAUCAAGAAUACCAUUCUGACAUCCUAAUAAAAAUGCUCUUAAUAAGAGCUCAGUGCUGUGAAGCAUUUGUGCAUAUGGGGCGGGGACAACAACCACAACAAGGUAGUGUACUUGUUGAUGUGUAUUUUCUUUACCGGAUCUUCUACUACUGUGCGCCUGUUUUCAAACGAUACCACCGAAGUGUAUCAGGUGAGCGGGUGAUGGAGGAGAAUGCGGAGCAGCAGCCCACCGCGAGGGAGGGACGCUGCGCAGGGGAGAGCUUCAGUGACACCCUCUCCUCUGAUGCCACCCAGUCUACGGGCAGCAAACUGGCCCUGCGCCAUCGCCUCAGCCAGCUAAUGACUUGCGUGGAUGACUUGGACCCCAGAAACGAGCUGCAGGAGAGAAUGGUCAGGACCCUGGACAAUGCCUUCCUUGCCUGUGCCAAGAGAGCCAACAAGCCAAAGAGGGACAGUUUCAGGCUUCACAUGGUGACCUGGAAUGUCGCCACUGCCGACCCCCCAGAAAACGUGACCUCACUCCUCCACCUCAAUUCACCAAAAAGUGCUGACCUCUACGUGAUUGGUCUGCAGGAAGUGUACUCGGGGCCAGUGAGAUUUGUGUCGGACAUGGUGUUCAGUGACCCGUGGAGCCAGCUGUUUAUGUCCACCUUAGCACCCCGGAAAUACAUCAAGGUGUCAUCUAUAAGAAUGCAGGGUCUGCUGCUGCUCUUCUUCUCCAAACUGGAGCACGUCCCGUUCAUCAGAGACAUCCAGGCCACCUACACGCGCACAGGCAUCUUUGGCUACUGGGGUAACAAAGGUGGUGUGUCGGUGCGUCUGUCUUUCUACGGCCACAUGCUCUGCUUCCUCAACUGCCACUUGACUGCUCACAUGAAUUAUGCCUCAGAGAGAGUGGGGGAGUUUGAGUACAUCUUGGACAUGCAGACCUUUGACUGCAAAAAGGCCUCAAGAGUGACCGACCACCGGCUGGUGUUCUGGUUUGGGGAUCUUAACUUCCGGAUCCAGGACCACGGCAUGCACUUCGUCCGCUCCUGUAUCAACAAGCAGACCUACAACCUGUUAUGGAGCAAUGACCAGCUGAACAUGAUGAAGAAAAAGGAGCAGCUGCUGCAGGAGUUUGAGGAGGGGCCACUGGACUUCCAGCCCACAUACAAGUUUGAUUUGAAGUCUGAUACUUAUGACAGCAGGCUCCAAAAUACAUGGUUUGGCUUUAACGGCAAGAAGCGAAAGCCUGCCUGGACCGAUCGGAUUCUGUGGCGCGUUCGACCCAGAGCCCCGCCGCCUGACGGCCAAGAAGCAAACAGCACGGCAGCGGACGGGAAGACGCCCGAAGAGACCGAGGAGGACGAGUAUCCCCUGAAAGUCAGGCAAGACCUGUACAACAGCAACAUGGAGUACAGCAUCAGCGACCACAAGCCCGUGGUCGGCGUCUUCACGCUGGAGCUCAGGAAGCUGUGCGACACGCCGCUGGUGCGCCUGCAGGCGGAGGGAGACUGGAGCGCGGACAUGGACGCCAUGGUCCUCUACAGCCCCCUGCAGCCCUUCCCCGCCAGCACCUGGGACUGGAUCGGCCUCUACAAGGUGGGGUUCAGCAGCCCGUGGGACUACAUCACCUACACCUGGGUCAAAGACGACGAGGCGGUCUUUAAUGAGGAAGUGAUGCAGGUGUUUGUGAGUAAAGAGGAAAUCCCCGUGAGGGGAGCGGAGUGCGUGCUGUGCUACUACAGCAGCGCUCUGCGCUGCAUCAUUGGAAUAAGUGAAGCGUUUAAGGUGCUGGAGUCCAGGGUGGCCCUGGAGGAGGGCUUGCUGCCCGAAAGGACCAGUGGACUCAACAGAAUCGCAGCGAGUGACGACUUCUGAAACGAGCCUCACUCAUGCGGUGUGAUCCAAUGGUUCCAUUCCUUUAAAAAUAACUUGUUUUUCUUAAACUGCAGCUGCCGAAGCCACCUGUCCAAGGUGUCCCUCGCCCCCACUGACCUAUCACGUCUACCUGUGAGCCUCUCUGUCCCUCUGCAACCUGCACUUAGUCUCCUGUGCAAACCGCUCUCUGUGGUGAUCGACCAGUUACUGUACUGCAGAGGACGUUACGAUAAAAAAAAAAAAUGGAUGUAUGUUUGAUUUUUGAGCCAUAAAUUAGAUAUGUAGGUACAAUGAGAAAGCAGGCUGCCUGGUCACACCUGCUGCUGUAUGUGGUCAGCUUCCUGAUGAAACACUGACUCAUUUACAGCCCUCCGGUCAACUAUCACAGGACUGCUAUAGUGACAAAAGGGAAUUCUAACAUUCACAAAGCUCGUUAGCCACUGUUGGUUUAAAAGGCAGUAAAAUCACACCAAUGUGUCCUGGAAUAUUCAGAGUGAAGAAUGAUGAGUCGGCACGUGCUGCUGUCCAGAUAGAUGGAAAGAAUGCCAGUCUACGGUUUGUCCAAAUACCUGUGUCCACAGGUGAACAUUUCACUUGUAGGAUUAAAGUGGGUUUGGAAGGAUUCAUAGAAGUGGGCUGCUGUAGGAAGUCAUGGGACGUUUGUUCAGUUAUGAUUUGCUUUUUCAGGAAUUUUUAGCUUACCGGAACUUUUGAAAAAAAAAUGCAUUCAUUCCCCUUUUAAUGCUCACUGUGGCGAAGUAAACUUAAAAGUAAUAUUGCACUGUUUAAACUUUAUGCACCGAUUUGUAUAGUUGAUUUUAUUAUUAGUGUUACAAAGAAAAUAUGAUCUUCUCUUUUUAUUGACCAAUAUGGACUCAGCAAGUGCCUUUGAACCGACGUUUGCUUUGUGUGGAUGCUGCUUCACUUUGAAGCUGAUCUGUCAGCAUUUUCAUGGCUUCUUCAAAUCACUUUUCAUUAUUUAUGAGGAAACUUCGAGUCACAUCUGAAUGUUGUUAUAAUGAUAUAAAUGUUAUAAUUUGACUGAAAUCUAUUAGUUUGUUACUGGAAUUAUCUCACUGUUUUUUUCGUUUUUUUCAGUUAAUAACUGGUGUAUUGUAACAAAAUACCAAGCUCAGAUAUUAAACAUGUGUAA